AUGAUCUGUGUUUCUAUCUUGUAUCACAGGUAUUUGCUCAUCGCCUGGCCUCUGUGGUACCGCUCCAGACGGACCAUCAAGGUCUCAGUGGUGGUCUGUGUUGUGGUCUGGGUCUCAGCUUUGGUCAUUACCUGUUCUGCCGGACUCAGUGAUGAUGAAUUUAAGCCCCUUGGAGUAAUCCUUUUCCUCCCCUUCCCCGUGCUCAUCUUCUCUGUGGUUGGGAUCUUUAAAGGCCUGUCUGCUGCCAUCUCGGUCUCCUCUGAGGAAAAACGACGAAUUGUUGGAGUAACAAUUCUGGUGUUGCUUAAUUACACACUGCUGUUCCUGCCUUACAUCAUUUUUUACUUAAUACCAACUCAUACUACGACUAACCCUUUGGCAUUCAUCUUCUUAAAUCCUCUUGGAGACUUGGUUCUGUAUGUUUUCAUGAGAAAAGGGGCCACAGACAAGAUUUUAGCCUCUGUGUGUUGUUGCAGGAUGGAAACACAACAGCAGCAGAUCUUUAUGUAA